CCUGUGCACCGGAUGUGAGUGAUCAGCUGACUGCCGUGCUCCUGUCGGUCCUGUCCUGUUCGGUUCUGCUCUAAAGGAACAGGACAUUAUCUGAUCAGAACCCCCGGACCCGGCUCCGUGAGGACGGGUUUGUCUCUGAGCGCGCGGUCCAAAACUAUGUCCCAUUAAGCCUCUGAUCACGCUCUCGCCUGAUUGGAGAUGUCGGGGAACAACCUUGUGCUUCCCAUCGUGCUGUGGGGGCGCACGGCGCCUACACACUGCAUCAGCAGCCUGCUGGUGCUGGACGACUGCAGUGCGGUCAUCACAGGCUGCCACGAUGGACAGAUCUGCCUGUGGGACAUGACCCCCGAGCUGCAGAUGUGUCCCAGAGCCAUGCUGUUUGGACACACUUCGUCCAUCACCUGCUUGGCCAAAGCCAGCACCUGUGCGGACAAGCAGUACAUCGUGAGCGCCUCAGAGAACGGAGAGAUGUGCCUGUGGGACGUGAAUGACGGCAGGUGCAUCGAAUUCACUAAACUGGCCUGUGCCCACACAGACAUUCAGUUUUACCAGUUUACCAUCGGGACGCAGAAGGAGGGCCGGCUGCUGUGUAAUGGGCACUACCCAGAGAUCCUGGUGCUGGAUGCCACCAGCCUGGAGGUGCUCUACUCCCUGGUGUCUAAGAUCUCCCCCGACUGGAUCAGCGCCAUGAGCAUCAUUCGCUCCCACCGCACACAGGAGGAUACUGUGGUGGCUGUGUCGGUGACAGGGAUCCUAAAGGUGUGGAUCAUCACAGCGGAGGUCAGCAGGAUGCAGGACCUGGACCCAGUGUUUGAGGAGGAGUCCAGACCCAUUCACGUCCAGAGCUGUCAGAGCAUCUCCUUCUGUAACUUCACUCAGAACAGUCUGCUGGUGGUGUGCUCCAAGUACUGGAGGGUGCUGGAUGCGGCCGACUACUCCCUGCUCUGCUCUGUGCCCUGUGAGACUGAGCAGUCCUGGACCGGAGGAGAUUUCAUCUCUGCAGACAAAGUCAUUGUGUGGACGGAGGACGGCUGCAGCUACAUCUACAAGCUGCCCCCCAGCUGCCUGUCUGCCAGUGAACAUUUCCGCAGUGACGUGGGGAAGACCAAGGAGGGCGCUGUCCCCCCUCUUAUCUUCAAGAUCGCGGAGCAGCCUGACAAGAAGCUGCUCAUCUGUCCCCCGGUCACACGCUUCUUCUUCAGUCGAAGGGAGCCCUUCCACAAACUGCUGCUCCAGGGGGACUCUGGGGGCCGCCUGUCCCUGUGGAGCGUCCCCGACAGGUCCCCACCACCACAGCCCUCCACACCCGAGUUGCCGGUGUCCUCCAGCCUCAGCCUGCAGGAGUCUUUUGACCGCCUGCUGCCCGUGUCCUCUGGGAUCAUUGACCAGCUCAGCGUCCUGCCCGGCAAAGAGCAGCCCAUCAAGGUGACAGCCAGUGUGUACAUCCCAGCGCAGGGGCGGCUGGUGUGUGGGCGCGAGGACGGCAGCAUCAUCCUGGUCCCUGCCACACAGACUGCCAUCGUCCAGCUGCUGCAGGGGGAGCACAUGCUGCGCAGAGGCUGGCCUCCUCACCGCACACUGCGUGGGCACAGGAACAAGGUGACCUGUGUGCUGUACCCAUAUCAGGUGUCCCCCCGCUACGACCAGCGUGCCCUCGUGUCUGGAGGAGUGGACUUCUCUGUCAUCGUGUGGGACAUCUUCACUGGAGAGAUGAAGCACAUCUUUUGCGUGCAUGGAGGAGAGAUCACCCAGCUGUUGGUGCCACCUGAGAACUGCAGUACACGAGUGCAGCACUGUGUGUGCUCCGUGGCCAGUGACCACUCAGUGGGGCUGUUGAGUCUGAAGGAGAGGAAGUGCAUCAUGCUGGCCUCCAGGCACCUGUUCCCCAUCCAGGUGAUCAAGUGGAGACCAGCCGACGACUACCUGGUGGUGGGCUGCUCCGACGGCUCUGUCUAUGUGUGGCAGAUGGACACUGGAGCCCUGGACCGCUGUGUUAUGGGCCUGACCGCUGUGGAGAUCCUGAGUGCGUGUGAUGAGCUGGCCCCUGCCACUGUGGACGCUCUGAGCCACUCUGCGGUCAACCUCAAACAGGCCAUGACCCGCCGCAGUCUGGCUGCGCUCAAGAACAUGGCCCAGCACAAACUGCAGACGCUGGCCACCAACCUGCUGGCCGCUGACAACGCAGACAAGGGGAACCUUCCUAAGUACUCCCACAAUGCACUGGUGGUGCAAGCCAUGAAGACCAACCUGAGCGACCCGGACAUGCACGUUCUCUUCUUCGACGUGGAGGCCGUCAUCAUCCAACUGCUGACAGAGGAGGCUCAGAGACCCAACCCCACCCUGGUGUCCCCCGAGAGCCUGCACAAGAGCCAGGCCGGGGCCGACAAGGGCGGAUCCUUCCUCGCUAAUAAGAUCUUCAAACAGGUGAAAGAGACCAUGAAGGAGACCAUAAAGGAGCACCUUCUUGAUGAUGAUGAAGAGGAGGAGGAAGAACAGAGGCGUCGUGAGGAGAAGUCUAAAUCUCUGUCUCUGCUGGAGUACAACCUGACCAUGGACACGGCCAAGCUCUUCAUGUCCUGCCUGCACGCCUGGGGCCUCAACCAGCAGCUGGACCUCAUCUGCCUGGACCGCCUGGGCAUGCUCCGGCCGCACUGCCCCAUCUCCUUCGGCCUCAUCUCCAGAGGAGGCCACAUGUCCCUCAUGCUGCCCACAUUCAAGGAGUCCCUGCUGAGGAAGCUGUCUGUGGCCACAGGGAGGAAGUUGACUCUGUCGGACAUCGUGGGCAAAGGCACAUAUGGACUCUCCCGAGCGGUCACCACCCAGCACCUGCUGUCUGUCAUCUCUCUGGCCAACACCCUCAUGGGGAUGACCAAUGCCACCUUUGUGGGAGAGCACAUGAAGAAGGCCCCGGCCAGACCUCCUCGUCCCGGAGGGACCCCUGAGAGCCAGCGGCGCAGCAGCUCUGUGUCCCAGGGCAGCCCACCGCCCCAGGCUCACAUCAAACAAGCUGCUGCCGCUGCCCCUGGCCCUGCCCCUGGGUCUGGGGCCCCUGGUGGCCCUCCACAGGGGCCCCAAGUUAAUCCUAACAUCCCCUCAGUCAACGAAGGCUGGAGCCAGCUCGCUGCCAUGCACUGUGUGAUGCUCCCUGACCUACUGGGGCUGGACAAGUACCGGCCUCCUCUGCUGGAGAUGCUGGCCCGGCGCUGGCAGGACCGCUGCCUCGAGGUACGUGAGGCGGCUCAGGCUCUGCUCCUGGCCGAGCUCAGGAGGAUCGGGGUGUCCGGUCGGAAGGACACCAUCGACAUGUGGGCUCCGUACCUGCCUCAGUAUGUGGACGCGGUCAGCUCACCUGGAGCCACCACAGAGCAGCCAGCACCUGCCCCUCCCCCUCCAGAGGCUCAACCAAUAGAGAGCAAGCUCCCAGAGGAGGAGAUGGAUGUUGCAGAUGAUGAUAUCACUGCAGGCUGUCUGUCCAACCUCCCUCCAAACGCCAAGAAGAUCUGUAAUUCUUAUGAGGAGCGGCGUAAACAGGCCACGGCCAUCGUCCUGCUGGGGGUCAUUGGGGCCGAGUUUGGGGCCGAGAUUGAGCCUUCAAAAGGGGCCCGUGCACGGACAGGGGGCCAGGCUCCAGAGGGCUUUGGCCUGACCAGCGGAGGCUCCAACUACUCCCUGGCCCGCCACACAUGUAAAGCCCUGACCUUCCUCCUGCUGCAGCCACCCAGCCCCAAGCUGCCGGCCCACAGUACCAUCCGCCGUACGGCCAUCGACCUGAUCGGGAGGGGCUUCACCGUGUGGGAGCCCUACAUGGACGUGUCCGCCGUGCUGCUGGGCCUGCUGGAGCUGUGUGCUGAUGCCGAGAAGCAGCUCGCCAAUGUGACAGUGGGUCUCCCUCUGAACCCUCCGGCUGACUCGGCCCGCUCUGCUCGCCACGCCCUGUCGCUCAUCGCCACAGCCCGCCCCCCCGCCUUCAUCACCACCAUCGCUCGAGAGGUGCAUCGAUUCAACGCGGCUCAGGCUAACUCCCAGUCUCAGCAGAACGUGCACACCAGCACUCUAGCCAGGGCCAAGACUGAGAUCCUCCGAGUGCUGGACAUCCUGAUUGAGAAGAUGCCUGCAGAUGUGGUGGACUUACUCGUGGAGGUUAUGGACAUCAUCAUGUACUGUAUCGAGGGCUCUCUGGUCAAGAAGAAGGGUCUGCAGGAGUGUUUCCCUGCCAUCUGCAGGUUCUACAUGGUGGGUUACUGCGAUCGCAGUCACCGUAUCGCUGUGGGCGCUCGCCAGGGUUCUGUGGCGCUCUACGAUGUCCGCACGGGCAAAUGUCAGAACAUCCACGGACACAAGGGGCCCAUCACAGCAGUGUCCUUCGCUCCAGAUGGACGCUACCUGGCAACCUACUCCAACGCCGACAGCCACAUCUCCUUCUGGCAGAUGAACACCAGCCUGCUGGGCAGCAUUGGCAUGUUGAACUCGGCUCCUCAGCUGCGCUGCAUAAAGACAUAUCAGGUGCCUCCAGUGCAACCCGCCUCCCCUGGCUCCCAGAACCACCUCAAACUGGCACGCCUCAUCUGGACCUCCAACCGCAACGUCAUCCUCAUGGCUCACGAUGGCAAAGAGCACCGCUUCAUGGUCUAACUCUCCUGCUGCACUCUACUACCCCACCACAUGGUCUAACUCCCCUGCAGCAGUCUACUACCCCCCCCAAACACACACACACACUUGUCCACCACCGUUAUCUUCCCUACCCACCGUCGUGGUGUGCUUUACACAUGUGGAGACAGACUGAUAAUACACAUUAUAUCUGGUUUAUUCAUUCAUUCAAAAAUUCUUCCUGUGUUGUGCUAAAUACUUUUUGGGGGAUUUGAACAUAUCAGUGUGGUUUCCUCAUCAACAAAUGUACAGACAGUGACACAGUCUGAAAAAGGCUUGAGAAAUCCUUUAGGAUCUGAGGUGGGUGUCAUGUGGUUUUCAGUGACAGUAUGUGGGACCUGCUCCGGUUCAUUUGGUGGGACACACUUAGUGUUUAUGAUAUAUGGGACACAUUAUUCCUCCAUCCACAAGCACACGCCUGAAUCAAGUGGAACUCACCUGACACAUGUUCAAUGUAUCCCCAGUUGUGUGUUGUUGUGCUCCAGACCUUCACUCAGCCUCUCAUGGUAACACAUACAGAAGCUGUUAUCAACAAAUGAAAAUAGUGUCCACAAGUCUCCUGCUUGUCUCCAUGGAGAUGUUUUAGCUCUGCCUGGAAUGUUUUUCAGUAUGGCAUUAACGUGUCUAUCUUACAUUCAUUCAGCUGCUGGCUUUCUACUACUAUGAAGCUUGGAGUCACCUGUAUCUAUGGUGGUGAGUUUAAUGCUAUACUGUGGAACAUUUCUAAGCAAAUACAUCUACAUGGCAACAAGCUGGUAGCCUAUACCCUAAGGUUUCAUACUACAGCUUUAAUCUAUUGAAGGCCUAACCCUCACUCAGGAGGGGGGCUCCUGUGUACAGUAUUUAUUAGUCAUGUCCACUGGCCGCAGCAUGUGUGUUCUGUGGAUAAUGAUUAUUUUUGUUUUUAUUUUCCUUAUUUAUUUAAAUGUGCUGAAACAUUCCCACAGGACCCCUCCUGGCUUUAGAUUUCUGAAUAACUACUUGAACUGUCCAAAUGUCAGCUAGAUAACAGAGGACCUAUUUUAAUUUAAGAGGAAUAUACAAAAAGUUACAUACUGUACUUUUAACACAAGUCAAAAAUAUGUCAGAGAGUCUACAUAAAUCUGAACUUCUUAAAAGGAGUUCUCUCUUCAUGUUUUAGUGCAGUGCUCUUCUGUGGUGUAUAUUUGCAGAUGUAAAGUUCUAUUUUAGUGCAAACAAGAGAUUCUGUUUGUGACCCUCUGCAUGGUUGUAAAUUAGCCGCAUUUUAUGUGUACAGUAAACGCAUCGUGGUGUGUUCAAUGUGUUCAGUAAUAAACUUAAUUGUGCUGUGGAA